UGUUAUAUACUUAAUUCUCUUCUUUUACUAAACACUCUCUUCUGUUACAGUAAAGGUAGAAUAGUAAAGUCUCUGUAUGUAACAUGGAAUUUUAUGUCGAGAUCAAGAAGGGGUUGUGUUUGCACGCUUUAAUGAUCUAAUGUUUGCUGUUAUACAUGAAUGAAAAAGUUUAUGUACAAGAAAGUUUGACAUUUUCUCAAUUCACAAAAAUAUAUCUAAGGUCACUAGUAAGAAUGACCAUGCAUUACUUUAAGGAACUAGUAUAAUGCUGAAAAAGAUAUAAUGGUGUUGACUACAGUAUUAUUGGGAAGAGUUCAUAGCAGGGGAUGCAUUCCACAGCUAGUUUUGCCUAAAAUAAGUCAUGUAUAUAAAGAGAAAAAAAGAAUGCACCUCUUUGUAUCCCGGCUUUCACAUAGCACUCAGAGAAGAAUAUUUUGGACAGUGAAAUCUGCACUGAACAAUCAGGAGAAGCAACUGAGAGCCUUAGAUUCUUACUUCCAAAAGCUCAAUAAUAGAACAGGAGCUUCCUCUUCGAAUGAGAUAGAAGAAAUAACUGGCAAAAAUCAUCAACUUAAAGCAGAGAAAUCACUGAAAUCUUUAAAUGAUUUUAGUGGAAAAGCCAAUGGAGGUGCAGAGUCAAAAUUGCAUGCUUUUUCGUCUUCUGAUGACGAAACAUUUGAAGAAGCAUCAUAUUUUUCCAUGAAAAUGAUCAACAGUGGUGGCAGGGCUAAGAAACUAAAACAGUACUUGAAGUUAAAAGCUAAGGACAUUGGCAGUUCAAACCAAGAAUCAUCUAGUUUUUACUUGAUAGGAAUACUGGCUUCUCUAAACAUUGCAGUUUUCCUCUUCGAGACAGCUAGUCCAGUCAGGAACUCUGAAAUAGGGAUGCUUUCACUUCCAAUGGUAUAUGGAGCAAAGAUAAAUCAUUUGAUCCUACUUGGCGAAUGGUGGAGACUUCUGACACCAAUGUUUCUGCACUCAGGAGUCCUUCACAUAGCCCUUGGUUGUUGGGUGCUUCUUAGUUUUGGGCCUCAAGUAUGCAAAGCAUAUGGUUCAUUUGCAUUUUUCCUGAUAUAUAUUCUUGGAGGUAUUUCUGGUAACCUAAUCAGCUUUCUUCACACCCCAGAGCCAACUGUUGGAGGAACUGGACCUGGUUUUGCUUUAAUAGGAGCUUGGCUCAUUUAUCAAGUUCGGAACAAAGACAUGAUAGGAAAAGAAGGCAUGAUUGAGAAGGCGAUGAUGGUCACUGCUUUCAGCUUUGUGCUUAGCAACUUUGGGCCUAUAGAUAACUGGGCACAUUUUGGAGCAGCUUUAAUGGGAAUAGCAUAUGGUUAUCUUACAUGUCCAACUCUUCAACUUGACAAUGCAGCUUCAGAAAGUGGACAAAAAGAAGGAAUCACAUUGUUUAAACAAUAUUCAGAUCCUUGUAAAUCUCUUCUUUGCUUCUCAGUCUUCAUUCUGCUGCUGGCUUCCUUGCUUUUGGUAAUAGAACCUCCUCUCAACUCAAUAGCUGAAGCUGCAGACAGGUUCUAAGCUGAAGCAGAGUGCUUAAAACCCCAAAUACCUUAUAAAUAGGCGUGUUGUAUAUAGUUUUUGAAUGUAAUGAGUCUUUUGCAAAUUCUAACUUAUCGUCUGUUCAAAUUUGGUUGCUCCAAAACAAGGAGUAACAACAUUGGCUCUAUUUAUAUAGGAAGAACCAAAAACCUAGGUUUAUGCUUUUA